AUGCCGCCUGCUCCCCGUCCACUCGAGGACCCCUGGCCGCGAACGAUUGCUUGCAUUCAUCGCAUUGCUUGCAUCCUCGUGUGGUAUCUGUCCCACGCGAAAGAAAAUAGACAGCAGCAUCCUCCUCGCAGGUCUAGAGCUCCAAAAAGUCAGCUCCACCGUCAAGAUCCCCCCCCGGGGUACUCGCCAGGUAUCCUUCCCUUCCCUUCACUUAGCGAGGCCAUCCCACCAGUUCGUGAGCAUCUUCGUCCAUUUUCCCUCCCAUCCGACUCAAUUAAAGCCCAUGUCACGGCCAUAGCUCCCCCACCAUCCCGACUCCUAAUUCCCCGACCUCCCCUUCCUUCAGCUUGACCUCGCGUCCGUCCGUGUCUAGCGCCACCGAGACACAGAGACAACUUUUUUCUGCUCUUCUUUUUCGCUCCCCAUAGGGUCGCAUUCUCCAGCCUUGCAUAUCGCUGCACACAA